CGCGUUUUAGCUCUUGGUGUACGGACAAGUUAAAUGAACGAACGCUCGCAGUGAAAUCAAAUUGUAUUCAACCACCGGCAGUUAAAUCUCCAUUCGUACCGUACUUUGGCCACUGGCAAAAGGAGAGUGGAAGCGGGGCCCAGAGUACUAGAGGAAGCAGGCAAAAGCCGAUGUAAUGCCUUCCCGGCGUAAUGCCGGCAGUAGUGCGGCCAGCAAACGACGCAAGCAUUCCUUGGGCAAUUUACGUCGUGCACAUCCAGCAUCGGGUGCCACAUGGAAUGUGCAGGUGGUUCGUGGCAAGAUGUCAUCGAAGUGCCUGUGGCAUGCUUGUCGUGCCCUGAUUUUGGGUGUGACACUGCUGCUGCUAGGUGCGGGAAUGGCAACAUUAGGCUACUAUGCGGAUCACUUAUCCAUAGGUUCCGAAUUGCGAGGCAAUGCUACGGUGCGUGUAAAAAACGACCUCAAAGGUUUCCAUCUUAAUAAUUUCUCUUAUGUGGGGCCGAUCGUUAUGGGUUUUGGCGGCUUCAUCGUAGUCGCCUCUUGUGUAAUGACCUUUGAGGCCCGCGAUUCAGCGGCAAAGGUGGUGCCAGCACGAUUUCGAGCCGGUGUUAAUGGCAGUAAAAUCACAGUACGUAGUAAUCAAAGCAGUUCGGCAUCACAGAGAAGAGCCAUAGGCUUACAAUACCAAAGCUCUCGAUGGGAUCAACAAUUUGGAGUUUUUCGAUCCUCACCUGCCACUGAACAGCCGCAAACAACACCAGCGCCAUUUGAUCGGGAGGCUCUAACAGCGGAACUAAUCAAAUUUUCCAAAACUCUCAGUGCAUCUGCUCGCUUCUCACCAAAACUGAGACGUCUCACCUACACUGGUUCUGUGCCAAACCUCUCCACUCAUCAUGCCUCACAACCCCUCGCCUAUUCCACUAAUAUAUCACAUUUACUUUCGCCGAAUCACAAACCCCUGCUGUGGCUGGAACACAAACGGCAUCGAACGCAUCGCCAUCACCACCACCACCAUCAUCACAACCAUCAUCAUCACCACCAUAACCAACGACCGGCAAAUGCCAACAACAACAUUUCCAAUACCACCACUCCCACCAAAACCUCUGCUUCCGCCACCGCCAUCAACAACAACAAUUUCACCUGCACGACAUCGUCCUCGACGCCCCUCAAUAGUGGGCGUCAGAUCAAAAAUCGUGGAACACGUAUUAGUAAUAGUUUAAUUCAAAGAGCCACGCGGGAAAGUACAUCCUCAAUGCAGUGUGCCCUGCUCCAGCCGCCCAAUAACAAAUUGCACUGGCAUCAUGCGGCCUCCUUCGAUGAGACUUGCCGGGCAGCCAAUGACAAGCAGAGGGAACGUGUGGCAGAACGUACCAAGCGUUCGGAUACAGCAAAGCGUCAUGUGCUGGCGCGUCAGAAGCCCAUUGAGCAUGAGGAGGAUAAGCCCUCUACCAGCCCACUGGGUAAUCGCAGAUGUUCCACUAUGUCUGAUUCAUCAUACAGUGGCCGCUGGACGGUCCGUUGUGCUUCGAUAGCCAGCCGAACAUCCAUAGUGAGUCGAGCUUCCAGUAUAGAUUCUAGACGUAUACAAGUAGAUUUACAUAGUCCCGAAGUAAUACCAAAAUCCAUUUUGCGCUCACCAAAGCGCUACAGCUCAGGGCCAUCAACAACGCCAUCAGUGGAAAAAGAAUUUCGAAGUCAACUUUCUGUGUGCUCCGAACCUCCUGCCCCCAUACGUCAACUAUCGGGUCAGUCCAGUUUGGAGCCAUGUUUACCCGAAGAGGGUAUCGAACAUUUCGAUGAAAGCCUGCAAAUGACACAAACCGAAUCUAUUACCUCCUUAACGGCAACACCGACGACCAUUAAUCCGGUCGAUCCACCCCCACCUAUAACAGCCUUUGGCAUGAAAUCACCCAGCCGGCCUGGAAUUCUAAAAAAGCCCCGACCCGACUCUUUACCCCUAAUGGGCAAUGCGGCUCUGCUGGAACUUACCAAGCCGCCUGCCCAUCAUGAACGCCUCAAGAACCUCCAGCGCAGCCUAUCCUCACGUACACAUGAUCGCCCGCGGGCACAAAAACCCCGAGAUCAUGAUGAUUCGAUAUUCUAUAUACGUUCGGAUCAUCACAACAAUGAUUUUUUCGAUUCCGAAAAAGUCAUCAAUGAGCGUCGUUCAACAUUGCUGAAGGCGGAUAGUGAGACCGCCCUGGCUGAGCGUAAGCACAGUUCACUCUCAAUACCCGAAAGAAUUCUGGAGCAAAGCAAUUCCCUGACAGCGGAGUCAGCAGAGGACGAGGAAGAGGGGAAGCAGGAGGGUGAGGAUGAGGAUGAGGCGAAAACCCCGGAUGACACUGUGCUACAAAUUGAGGAGGAAACAAAUGAAGCCAUGGAAACGGAAGCCGAACACCAUCCCUGCGACGGUGCAAUGGAAAAUGUGUAAACUCAUAGCUUGCAAUGGUCGAUAGGCACAAAAUGCAAUAAAGGAGAUUUCUUUCGAAAAGAAACAAUCGAAUUACUUUACAACUUAAAGUUGUGUAGACAACCUAAGUGACAUACAAUUUUCAUUUCAAAACCCAUCAC